AUGAAGCGUUCUUUGUUCGGUUUAAGGCUUUCGCAAAAGCCCUCCUCACUGGGAAAAACGGAGAAGUUGAAAACGAAGACGACGAUGGUGGGAUUUGAGAGCUACGUGCUUGUUCACAACAUAGCAAAGCGGCACAACGUCGGUACUCUAGCUAGAAGCGCGACGGCGUUUGGUGUCACGGAGCUGAUCCUAGUCGGACGCCGUGACUUUAACGCCUUCGGAAGCCAUGGUUCCGCUUCUCACGUCCGUUUCCGCCAUUUUCACUCCCUCGCCGAUGCUCGCACCUACCUCAAGGAAGAGAAAGAUUGCGAUAUAUGCGGCGUAGAGAUUGCAGACGGAGCUGCUGCGGUCAAUGAUCAUCCUUUCAAAAGAAACACAGCGUUUCUUCUGGGUAAUGAGGGAUCAGGUUUAUCCGCAAAAGAGUAUGAAAUAUGUGACUUCUUUGUAUACAUACCUCAGUAUGGCUGUGGCACCGCCUCCUUGAAUGUUACUGUUGCAGCUUCAAUUGUUUUGCAUCAUUUUGGAGUUUGGGCGGGAUUUUCUGAACGUGACCGAGAUGGAAGCAAAUUUGUAGUGGCAGAUAAACCCGCAAGGCAAGGGAGACGGAAUUUCUGUGCUGGUACAGAAGAAUCCAUCGUUGAAGAGCGGAAGCUGAGGAAAGAAAGCUCAGAAAAUGGGUUUUUCGAUGAGAAUGGAAACGGAGAUUCAUCAUCGUCCGAGCUUCUGAACGGUUUGUUCCUUAACGAAUGA